AUGACAGUUGAAGGACCAUCUGGACUACGACGAAGAUCAGCACUUGUAAUUGGCAUUGGCGAUUAUGACAAUAUCUUCAAAUUAAAAAAUCCACAAAAUGAUGCAAAAUCAUUAUCAUCUCUUCUGCAACUCAUUGGCUUCAUUACUAAUGAACCACAAUUGGAUAAAACACGGGCUCAGAUGAAACAUGUUCUUGUCGAUUUUGAAGACUCAAUACAAUCGAACGAUAUGGUACUAUUUUACUUUGCUGGACAUGGUGUACAAUGGGAAGAUCAAAAUUAUUUGAUGCCAAAAGACUUUCCUGAUAUGAAUAUAACGGAUUCAAAAAAGAAAGCUGAAUUUUUAAAAAAGAAUGCCAUCAACGCACAAGACAUUCUUAACAUAUUAAGUAACAGAAAACCAUAUGUUAUAAUUUUUCUUUUGGAUUGCUGUAGACAAUAUUUCUUGAGAAAUUUCGAUUUGGAUAAACGUGCCUUGCAUGCAAACGAUUCUCAAUCAAAAGGUUUGACAGCAAUGCAUAAAGCAGGCUCGUUGAUUGCAUUUGCUUGUGCACCUGGUACAUUAGUAGAUGAUAGACCCGGCGAGCAAAAUAGUUUAUUUAUGAAACAUCUUCUGAAACAUAUUGCAACUCCGAACGAAGACAUUGUAAAUAUAUUACGUGACGUGACCCAUGGAGUGACGAACGACUCAAAUUCUGAACAGAUUCCAUUUUUAAGUAUUCAACUAUGUCACAAGAAUAUAUACAUAUGUGAACAAACUCAAGGUAAGAAGUACAACAUUUAA